AUUAGUCUCAAACAUGAUUUUCGGUUAUUCGCCUUGGAUGAUAACAUUUUUAAAUUCUUCAGUACUCAUCAACGUUUUCUUAUAAAACCCCCAUUGAUGAACUCAUUUUCCUCGUCCCACUUCGAACACAAAAGGGGGAGAACUAGCGAAAGGCAUAAAGACAAGGCACACACGCUCUUUAAUGGCGAUAACACGCCUAUCCGUAGCCAUUUGCCUUCUCCUCUCUUUGGCCACCAUAGCCACCGCUGAUUACUACUCUCCCUCAUCUCCUCCGGUUCACCACUCACCGGUACACAAACCCACGCUUUACACCCCACCAACCCACAAGCCUACCCUCCCAUCUCCCGUUUACACUCCACCGGCUUACAAACCAACUCACUCACCUCCGGUUUACACUACACCGGUUCACAAGCCCACCCUCCCACCUCCGGUUUACACACCACCCGCAUACAAACCCACCCUCCCACAUCCGGUUUACAAGCCUACCUCUCCUCCUGUCUACACUAAACCCACUAUCCCUCCUCCGGUCUACACUCCACCAGUUUACAAGCCAACCCUUUCUCCUCCGGUCUACACCAAACUAACCCUCCCACGUCCGGUUUACACUCCACCAACAUACAAACCAACCCUACCUCCUCCGGUCUACAAAAAGUCUCCGAGCUAUUCUCCUCCUUCAUAUGUCCCAAACCCACCCACCAAGCCAUACGUCCCAGAGAUUCUUAAAGUCGUUGAUGGCAUCAUCCUAUGCAAAAACGGUUACCAAACUUACCCAAUUCAAGGAGCAAAGGCAAAGAUUGUGUGCUCUGAGCCAGGAUCAUACGGGAAAGACAAGAAGGAUGUUGUGAUCUACAGCGAUCCAACUGACUCUAAGGGAUACUUCCACGUGGCGUUGACAAACAUUAAGGACCUACUUCACUGUCGUGUGAAGCUCUACACAUCUCCGGUCGAGGCAUGCAACAACCCGACCAAUGUCAACAAAGGUCUCACUGGACUUCCAUUGUCAAUGUACGGAUACCGUUACCACUCCGACAAGAACUUGAAGAUCUUUAGCGUCGGACCUUUCUACUUCACCGGUCACAAAGCUGCUCCCACCACUCCCAAAUACUGAUCAUGAUGAUCACAUUAUGAUGCCAAUGAU